AUUGACAGGCAGUCGUCAGUGUCUUGAAGAGAGAAACUUGCAAAUUCCGGAAACAUGUCGAACCGCAAAUGCUGACUGAAGGCACCGGGGAACAAAAAGCAGAUUGCAUGUUCAACUUGAGUUGGUUGUUGGGUCUUGGAGUCGUUUUAUUUUGGAAUCUGGACUGGUUCGGGAAAACUAAGCCAGAGAGUUGGAAGCAGCGCGCUGGGUCUGGUUAUUUUCCUGUGCUUCUGUGUAUGACCCAGCCCAGUGAGAGCUGGUACUGUCAGACUCAACUCAGCACCUUCGCUGGAGGGAAGGUCCCUUGUGUGUGUGUGUCUCUGCGGCUGAUGCCGGGAGAGGAAACCCAAUUCAAACACACAAAAAAAGUUGUUGUGAAUUCCACCCCACCUCCCCAAUCAUGGAAGGAGAAAUGAGAAAAGUGGGAGUGUCUACCUAAGUGUUCCGAAUGAGAGAGUUGAGUGGUGGAAUUUGAACAGUUGUCAGAAGUCAGUGUGAGGAACCGGCUUGCUGGGUUCCUCUCUCUCUCUCUUCGCGUGUAGCCGCGGGCACAUAGACAUGUGUUUGCGCUGCUGAAGAGGAACCAUCCCGGCUCGGAAGUUGCUGUAUGCCAGUAUGGGCUCUGUAUGCGAUUCUCUGCCUUCACUGUAGAACUGAGAAUUUGAUUGGGGAAGGUCGGCGCUUGGAGACUGACGACUGACCUGUUGAGUUGAGUUCACCCCGUGAGAUGGAAGUGCAGGUGUUGUGCAGCUUCUUCUACUGGCUUCUGUUACCCCUCUCUCUCCUGGCGGCCUGUCUCUUCCGAUACAAUGCCUUGUCUCUGAUCUACUUACUGUAUUUGUUGCUGCUUCCUUUGUUCUUUGGACCCAGUGAACACACUGUACAAGGUCACACGGGUCGUUUAAUUAAAGCAUUGCUUGGAACCAGCAUUCUCUUCCUCUGCGCACAUGGGGGUUUUCAGAUUACUCUGUAUGUUUUGGCAGAUGAAGGUUUGUUGGGAAAUAACUGCAGCACAUGGGAAACCUUGUCCAGGCACAUUGGAGUUACCAGACUUGAUCUGAAUGAUGUCCCAAACUGUGUUCGACUGGUUGCUCCAGAUUUGGGCAUAUUUCUCAUUAGCUGCAUUACAUUAGCUUUUUGUAAUCGUUUGACAAAGAGAAAGAAGACAACGCCAAGCAGAGAGGAAGAGAAUGUGGAACCGAAUGAGGAGGAUGAAGAUGAGGAAGGUGUGGACUUAGAAGAUGCAACAGAGGAUGAAGAAGAUACGGCUGAACAAGAUCGAAGGAGACGGGCCCGUACAGCUGCACUAGCUCGGCUCCGGGUAACAGCUCAGAAACUCCUUGAAGCUACAGGGAAAAUUGUGGCCAUUCUGUUUCUGGCUUUAGCUGGGAUUACAGUUCCAUCUGCUUUCUCUGGAGUUUACUAUCUGCUUUUCAUUGGAAUUAGCACUUGGUGGGCCUGUCACUUGCCGAUGAGCCAUGUUGGAUUCAAUACAAUCUGUGUUAUGGUGGCAUUUUACACUGCGGGCCAUAUUAUCUGCCUGUAUAUCUACCAAACGGCUUUCAUCCAGGAGAUAUUCCCCCCCAGUGGACUUUGGUCCAGGUUAUUUGGCCUAAAGGAUAUUAUCCAUUCAAACUGUACAAAUCCUCAUGAGCUGGUACUCAAUGUGAAUCAUGCAUGGCCUGCUUAUGCAAAUCCUGCAAUCCUUCUUUUACUCUACUAUAUAAUAGCAUCCCUCCUGAAGCUGAAAAGAAAGGUAUCUCAUCAGACAAAUGAUGGAAAACAGAAAAAUGGAGAAGAAGUUGAACUAACAAACAUGGAGCCUUGGUCAAUGAAACAGGAUGAAUCUGAAGAUGAAGCUAAACCCAUGCUGCAACCUGCCAAUGGCGAUCAUGACGAAGGAGACAAUUACUCACUACGUAUCAUUAGCGGAUCAAGCCAACCAGAUGCAGCUGAAUCGUUCAGUGACAAUACCACAUCCAAACCUAGAAAGACUCAGUCACCACUCUGUGACCUGGGACAUCUCAUCAUGCAACAAAGCUACAUCUGUGCACUGAUUGUCAUGAUGGUCUGGAGUAUUACGUUCCACAGCUGGUUGACCUUUGUCCUUCUAAUUUGGGCUUGCCUUAUUUGGAUUGUGCGAAGUCGGCGGCACUUGGCAAUGCUGUGUUCACCAUUCAUUCUGCUGUAUGGGAUCAUACUGUGCAGCUUGCAGUAUGUCUGGGGAAUGGACCUGACAGAGGAACUGCCAACCAAAAUUGGGUUUAUGCUUCUCACUCAGCUUGGAUUAGUCCAUCUGGAGCAUCACUGUUUACGCCUGGGUGUAGUGCUUCUGUACACACUCACCUUCUGGAUCUUGUUGCGUCAAUUUGUAAAAGAAAAAUGCUUGAAGAAGAAAGAUAUCCCACUGAAUGAAGUAACUGUGGAUGAGGCAGGUCAACAGAAGAAUGAAGUAUUGAAAGCACUUGGAGAGCUAAUAAUGAGUUUUCAAGCAAAGUAUUGGAUUUAUGUUUGUGGAGGGAUGUUCUUCGUUGUCAGUUUUACUGGAAGAAUAGUUGUGUAUAAAAUAGUUUAUAUGUUCCUGUUUCUACUUUGCCUUUCAUUCUACCAGGUCUGUUACUUUAUAUGGCGUAAGCUGCUGAAGAUAUUCUGGUGGUUGGUCGUUGCAUAUACCAUGCUGGUCCUCAUUUCAGUUUACACUUUCCAGUUUGAUGAAUUCCCACAGUACUGGAAAAAUUUCACAGGAUUAACAGAUGAACAGUUAGCUGACAUGGGAUUAGAGCAAUUCAGUGUCAGUGAGCUCUUCUCCAGCAUUCUGAUCCCUGCCUUUUUCCUGCUGGCCUGUAUUCUACAACUGCAUUACUUCCACUGUCGUUUCAUGCAGAUUACUGAUCUGGAACAUGUUCCUGUAAAGGGCAAAGGGCCAUUGCACCGGUUGAAAGAAAGUUUAGCAGAGCCCUCUCAGGAAAGACCUGUCGCUGCGACCCUUCAGAAUGGCGCAGCUGAAGACCCAGAGUAUGAGGGAAGUGAUCAACCUGCACCAGAGGACAGCAGAUCUGAAGGAGAAAUGGCUUACAGUAAGUGGGGCUUAGUGAUCGACCGCCUCCUUGUGCUGUUCCUAAAAUUCUCCAAGAUUCUCAAUUACAUCCAAGUCAUUAUUUGGAGACUUCUUGAGUUGCACGUAAUGAAACUGGUGGCUUUCUUCAGUGUGUGGGUGGCAGUAAAAGAGCCGUCCGUCAUGAAUUUUCUCUUUGUUGUUCUUUGGGCAUUUGCUAUGCCAUAUACCAAGUUCCGUACAAUGGCUUCCUGCAUUUCCACUUUGUGGGCUUGCAUCAUCAUUGUCUGUAAAAUGCUGUAUCAACUGAAGAUUGUAAACCCAGCAGAAUAUUCCAGCAACUGCACAACGCACUCUCCAAAUGAGACAAAUCUCAAUCCAGAUGAGAUCCUACAUUCUACUUUGUACAGAAAAUCCGUGGACCCAGCCAACUGGUUUGGAUUCAGAAAAGAAUCUCUCAUCCUUGCAUACAUUCAAGAUCAUCUUCUCCUACUAAUGUUAUUGGUGUUUGAGGUAACUGUGUAUCGACACCAAGAGCAUUUCCGCAAGUACAACCAACUGGCUCCACCUAGCACUCGGGCCAUCUUUGAAGAAAUCACUCGGCAGAACAUGGAUGAAAGUGUCAUCAAUUGUGCAAAGUAUUUUGCCAACUAUUUUUUUUACAAAGUUGGAUUAGAGGUUUGCCUUCUAAUGAUAGUCAAUGUUAUUGGGCAACGGAUGAACUUCCUUGUGAUAAUUCACAGCUGCUGGUUGGUUGUUAUUGUGACCAGACGUAAAAGACAAGCAAUUGCUAAACUUUGGCCUAAGUACUGCCUAUUCCAGUCUCUCUUCCUGUUGUACCAGUACCUGUUGUGUGUGGGAAUUCCACCGGCUCUCUGUCUAGACUACCCAUGGAGAUGGGCAUCGCCCAUCACCAUUCACUCCAACCUAAUUAAAUGGUUUUAUCUACCUGACUUUGUAACUCUACCCAAUUCCAAACACCUGAUCUAUGACUUUCUAUUACUGAUGUGUGUGUCCCACCAGUGGCAGGUAUUUAUAGAUGAAAGAAAGGAGGAGGUUAGUACCAUCAGUGGAAAAAAUACAGAUGAUCCUGAUCCCCUGGCAGGCAAUACCGUGAAUCCAGUACCAAACUAUAUAUACUGUAGGUGUUGCCUGGACAUGAUAAAAGUUGCAGUUUUUAACUACCUCUUCUGGCUGGUACUAGCAGUUAUUUUUGCCACUGGGUCUGCUCGAAUAAGUGUAUUUGGUCUUGGCUACCUCCUCGCCUCAUUCUAUUUGCUUUUGUUUGGCAGAAGACUUUUAGUGAAACCAGCAAAGAAGCGACUGAACUUUUGGGAUUGUCUAAUUAUGUACAAUGUCACAGUCAUUAUUGCAAAGAAUAUGCUAUCGCUCCUAGCUUGUGUCUUCCUGAAGCAGCUGCAAAGUAAUUUCUGCUGGAUGAUCCAAUUAUUCAGCUUGCACUGUACUAUCAAAGGAUACUAUGAUGAAAAUGAAUUAAAAGAUUCUGAGUGUAUUUUGCCUGUUGGUGAAGCCGGCAUAAUCUGGGACAGCAUUUGCUUUUUUUUCCUUUUACUUCAACGCAGAGUCUUCCUCAGUUAUUAUUUUAUUCAUGUAACAGCUGAUAUGAAAGCCUCCAAACUUCAAGCAUCCAGAGGCUUCCAGUUGUUUAAUGCCAGCAUCAUCAAAAACAUGAAUUUCCACCGUGAAACUGAAAAGAAGUCCUUAGCACAGUUAAAAAGACAGAUGGAGAGAAUCCGAGCAAAACAAAAGAAAUAUAGAGGUGGCAGGAAUCCCGAAGAUCCCAGUGAAAAGGAGCCAGAGGACAAAGAGCAAGGUGCAACGAAAGAGAAGUCCCAGGAGAAAAAGAAAUGGUGGAAUCCCUGGGUAAACCAUGCCAAAGUGCUUCAGUCAGGAGAUUAUUACCUAUUCGAGUCAGACAGUGAAGAAGAAGAGGAAUGUCUGCAGGAGGAGCAGCAAAUUCCUAAACAGAGUGCAUUCCAGUUAGCAUACCAAGCCUGGAUAACAAAUGCAAAAUUGGCUGUAAAAAAAAGACAUGAACAUAAAAGGCAACUUCAGAAGUUUCAGCAAGAGAUUGAGAUACGUAAGGAGCUGCAGAAAGCAGGAAUAACAGAAAGAACAGAACCAUCAAUACAGGAAACCUCUAUUCUGGAUGAUGAUAAGAGCGAAGAAGAAAUACCCUCUAAGAGCAAUGUUGUUCAGCGUAUAAUGGAUAUUCUGAGAUUUCUCUGGGUCCUUUUCUUAGCCAUGGUGGAUGGACUGACACAGUGGCUGAACACCCUUGCUCAGCAGUACCUUGAUACUUCUACUGUUCUGUGGGUUGAACGGCACUUAUUGACUGAGAAACUUGCACGUGGUGAGGAAGUACAAGAAUAUCUGGAGGGUCUUUAUGAAACACAAGAGCAGAGUAAUGAAACACUGUUGCAGAAUAACAGGCCUGAACAAUCAACAGAUGGGGAUGGUCCACAGCUCACCAAUACAUCAAGUAGUUCUGAAGAGCAAGAAUCAUCCCUGAUGAUCCACGAGGAAGGGGAGUCCCAGGAACUGGUUCCUGAUUGCAGCACAAAAUCUAACAUCAAGGAAGAAAACUUGACUGUGGAUCCACUAGAAACAGUCAAGUUUGACACCGAGUCAGAGGAGCAAUCAUUUCAGCCCAUUCCUCGUACCAGAACAGCGAGUGAACUGCUUGCAAGCAGCCAUUCUUCCAUUGAAGAGUUGGAGGGAUCGAAGAAGUUUUAUCAAUCCCACAACCGAUUUUUGAAACUGGUGUUUGCUGUGUAUAAUGUCAUUGCUGCUUAUUCAGAGUUGACCUGCUACUUCAUCAUUAUCUUGAACAAUAUGAUCUCUGCCUCUGUAAUCACACUCUUUCUUCCCAUUCUGAUGUUCCUCUGGGCAAUGCUUUCAAUUCCUCGGCCCAGCAAACGAUUUUGGAUGACAGCAAUCAUCUACACUGAGGUGAUGGUGGUCAUUAAAUACUUAUUCCAAUUUGGGUUCUUCCCUUGGAACAGCUCCUACAUCAUUUCAUUGAAUGAAGACAAGCCAUUCUUCCCUCCACGUAUUCUCGGUUUGGAGAAGACUGAUGGUUAUGUUAAAUAUGAUCUGAUUCAGCUGCUAGCACUUUUGUUCCAUCAGUCACUACUAAAGCGGUAUGGACUAUGGGAUGAUCAGGAAGUUCAAAAGAAAAAGGACAUUAUGAAAGAAAAGGAGGCCAUCAAAGAAUCGCAGGAUGCAAACCAGGACCCAGCUGCAGAUGACCACGUUUCUGACCUAGAACCAACACAGGAAGUAAAAAAGAGCAGAUUUCGUUUUAGGAGGAGAAAACAAACCAAAGAGAAGGAACGUUCUUCUCGGAAGCCCAAAAAGAAACCUAGCAGAAAAGAAAAGGCAGGCAAAAAACUGAAGGAAUUUGGAAUGAAAGUAAAACGUUUUCUCUUCCAGAUGGUUCAAAGUAUUUACAGGCCCCUGCACAGCUAUUUCUAUGACAUUGUCCAUACAAAAUAUCGUGCAGCAACUGAUGUCUACGCUCUCAUGUUUCUAGCCGAUGUAAUAGACUUUGUGAUCAUUAUCUUUGGAUUCUGGGCGUUUGGGAAACAUUCAGCAGCUGCUGAUAUUGCAUCAACACUGUCUGAUGAUCAAGUUCCCGAGGCUUUCCUGGUAAUGGUUCUUAUUCAGUUCUCCACGAUGGUAAUAGACCGUGCAUUAUAUCUGCGCAAAACUGUACUAGGAAAGCUCAUUUUCCAGAUAAUCCUUGUUUUUGGAAUACAUUUCUGGAUGUUCUUCAUAUUACCUGCAGUCACUGAGCGAAUGUUUAACCAGAACACAGUGGCACAGCUCUGGUAUUUUGUGAAAUGCAUCUAUUUUGGUUUAUCAGCAUACCAGAUCCGCUGUGGCUACCCAACUCGCAUCCUUGGUAAUUUCCUCACAAAGAAAUACAAUCAUCUGAACCUUUUUCUUUUUCAAGGAUUCCGUCUUGUGCCAUUUUUGGUGGAACUUCGUGCUGUAAUGGACUGGGUUUGCACAGACACUACACUUUCUCUCUCAAGCUGGAUGUGUGUUGAAGACAUCUACGCUAACAUAUUUAUUAUCAAGUGUAGCCGUGAGACAGAAAAGAGAUAUCCACAGCCCAAGGGUCAGAAGAAGAAGAAAAUUGUGAAGUAUGGAAUGGGAGGCCUCAUCAUUCUUUUCCUCAUCUGCAUUAUCUGGUUUCCCCUUCUUUUCAUGUCAUUGGUCAGAUCAGUAGUUGGCGUGGUGAAUCAUCCAGUAGACGUGACUGUAACAGUCAAACUUGGUGGCUAUCAGCCCCUGUUUACAAUGAGUGCUCAACAACAUUCUCUAAAACCAUUCAAUCAAAAGGAUUACGAUGACCUUUGUUCAACAUUUGAACGCAAUCCAGCUGCUAUGCAGUUUAUCACACUUUAUGGUUAUGAGGAUAUCAUGACUGCACACAUAGAAGGAAGUUCAGGAUCAUUAUGGAGUGUUAGUCCACCUAGUCGUCAGGCAAUGAUUACUGAAUUAAACAGCCAUAACUCCGAGAUGACACUUCGCCUUAUGUGGACUUUUCAAAGGGAUCUGAGUCUAGGUGGAGUACACGAGCACACAUCAGAAAAGCACACCAUUGAUCUGGAACCAAAUGACCCUGUGCGGAAACAGUUGGCAGAUCUUCUUCUAGGAAUUCGGAAGGAACCAGUAUUGAUUUCACAUAUGUUACCAAAGUACAUUAGAGCUCCAAAUGGGCCAGAUGCAAAACCUGUUGAUCAGCUGUAUCCAGAUAAUGAAAAUAGCUACCUGAAUGUGACCAUGGAACUACAAAGGCACGUUGGAAAGGAUGCAAAUGAUUCAGACAGUAUCUUGGAAUGGUGGGUGAUACAGGCCAAGACUGAAGAAUGUAAACAAAAUGAAUGUCAUGAACUACAAAUGAUCAUCUUCAAUGACAAGGUCAGCCCACCAAGCCUGGGCUUCCUCGCUGGACAUGGAAUAAUGGGUCUUUACGUCUCAAUUGUAUUGGUUGUUGGGAAGUUCGUGCGAGGCUUCUUCAGUGAAAUAUCAUAUUCUAUCAUGUUUGAGGAGCUGCCUUGUGUGGAUCGCAUCUUGAAACUGUGUCAUGACAUCUUCCUCGUGAGAGAGAAUGGAGAGUUAGAGGUGGAGGAAGAGCUCUAUGCCAAACUGAUCUUCUUAUACCGGUCACCGGAAACCAUGAUUAAAUGGACUAGAGAGAAAGACUAAUAGCUGUUGCCUCUUUCUCCCUAUUUAUUUCUUCUUGUCUGGCUCCUUUUUGAUGCUCUCUUUUGCUCAUCUCUCCUUGUUUCUGACUUUUAUCUUGGCUGAGCCAAGUUGAAUGUGCACCUCUGAUUAAUGGAAUAAUUACCUCAGUUUAUCAGAUAUCUAUUUAUCUGCUUUACCUUCUCUUUCUUAAUUAUUCAUGUGAGAGCUAUUUCUUUUGUGGUCUUAAUAAAAGUAACUUAAUGUCUUAGAACACAAACACUACGCAAUGCGUCUGACUUAAAAGCCUGAAAUGACUUUUUGGCAAUGUCAUGCUGCUGAAGACUGCACAUUGAAUAGACAAAUCUGUGUUUGUUCCCACUGCAUAUACUCAAAAAAAGUUUUUUUCUCUCUCUGAUAACACAUUUUGAUUAGUUUGAAUUGGAGCUACGUACUACUACAACUGAGAAAACAAAACAUAUUGUCAGUAGUUAUCAGUUGAAAUAACUCAAGCAAAAUUCUUUUUCACCACUUUCUGUUCAACACAAUGCCAAUCUGUUUAUAGUUCUGCAAUGAAAAUACAGAGAAAUGGAGGCCUAAAGACACUUUUGAACCAUUUUUAUAUUUUUAAAAAGAUGUUAACUAUUUUUGGGAAAAGAGUGAUUGCCAGGAAACUGGUUAUUCAGAAACAUUGCUGAGUGUUUGCAACAUGACUGUGAUAGCUACAAAGUCCUGUGGGAACUCUCUCAAAAACCUUUUAUGAUGAAAAUUGAAAAGAAUCAUGGAAAGGUUGUGACAUUGAGACCAGGAAGCUGAAUUGAUUCAAUAAUGUUGCAAAAUUAGCAAUAUGGAAAUUGCAACAUCAACGUAGUAUCAAAUUAUUAGUUUUGUUUAUAUUUUGUUUACAUAUUUCAGAGGCUUCUAAUUUGGUGAAUUAGAAGCCUCAUAUCAUUUCGUGAUUCCCAGAGUAAUUUGACUGUAGUAAAUGAAUAAAUGAUUAUUUUGUAAUGACUUUUACUGCACAUAUCAAUGGGGCUUUUGUGCAACUACUUUAUGCCAAAGAUCAUGUUGUAGUUGAUUGUAAAUACAGGACAUCCAGGUGCACUAAAUUAAAUAUUUUAAUAUACAAGAAUUGAGUGAAAAUGUUGAAUAUUGACAUUCCUUUCUAAAUUAAGGAAGUCUGUCAAAUGUUAAUGAUUGGUAUAUGUUUUCCUUAUUGUGAUAACAAAAAUCUGAUUCCUAGGCGAGGAAAAUGUUUAAAGCAAAUAAUCUAGUACAAGUUAAAGGUUGUUAGAAAAUGGUGUAACGUUCUUGUACUUCACUGCAUUACAGCAAUACGUUCUCUUUGUGAUUGGAUGAAACAAUAAGGCACUCUAAUCUCUGUUGAUAAGUUCUUCACUAUUUCGGAUUUCUCAUUAAUAUUAAAUUAUAUUGAAAUGGGACAUAUACUAAAUUAGAAAUCUUAAAAUUAACAAAAAUUCUUUAAAGUUGUACAGCUUAGACAAAAUAUUAAAUAUUUAGGAAAUCAAACUAUUAAACACCAUUUCUUAAAGGAUUCAAUCAAAUCUUGACCAGUUCAUCUUAAUUAUUUUGUGAUGAUGGUUUUCAAAUCAAGAGUUGAAUUUUAACUCUUUUUAACACAAGCCCCCGUUAUAUGCCUCUAUGAAACUGAUUGAAAUUAAAAAGAGACUUAAAUCCUUAAUUAAUUAACCCAGAUGUGUCAAAGGAAUAUGAUCCUAUUAAAAACGCAGUAGGUCCAAGAGACUGCCUACAAUGUUUGCAGUAAUGUAAUUUAUCCCUACUUCUACAGAUCAUAGCCCAAUUAUGAGUAGUGUAUUGUUCCUUUUGGUAACCUAAUUAGUAAUGGUUCUGAAUGAAACCUGGAAUUAUUAUUUUCUUUUAAUGCAUAUUCUUAUUUCCAAAACCUAUAUGCUGCUUGAUUAUAGUAAAGUUUAUCUGAUUCCAUUUUGCACCUAUUGCCUUUAUACCAAGAGUGAUACAGUGUCUUAUUUUAGUGUUCAGACUUUAACUAUGAUUACAUAAAGAUCAUGAAAGGGUUUUGCACUACCUGCGAAUCAAUACCGAAUUGAAAUAAUGAGGUGGCACACAUCAGAAUUAACUGUGCAGAUUCAGUUGACAUUACAAAAAAAUUACUCGAGAUGACAUGACAACUUCCCUUUUGUAAAUAUUUAAAAUGACAUUGUUUCACAUUUUUCCCACAAAAGGGAAGAAUGUAUUUCUGAAAGUUUAAAACCUGUCUGUAAACCCAAAGA